CUGGCCGCGGCUGUGCGCGGAGGAACAUGGCGACCUAUGUGGAGAUCAUCAGGCACGAGUUCCCCGACAUUGACUCCGAGCUCUUCCAAUACGUGACAGAUGCUGCUCGAUCAACCCGCUGAAUUCCUCCAGCAGAUUGUUUGCUGCUCCAGACUCCACCAUCUGCAGUAUCUUGUGUCUCCUAACUUAUAGGAUGUGGAAGGAAGCUAGAGUACCCUGAGGAACUCACGUUGUCACAGGUGUGCUGGACAGCAGUGCGGCUGAUUUUGAAUCUGUUGACGAGAUUUUUGAGGCAAUUGGAGAUGUUCUUCAAGAAGUGUCAGCCUCAAAAAAUGAAGAUGAUGUGCGUGAGAUUUGUCAAAAAAUGUUUAAUACACUUAAACUCAAUACAUCCAACUCCUCAAAAUCAAAUGUGCUGCUAAAAGCGCCGAUACAGCUAUCGAAAGUAACUAGCAAUUCAGACUACAAGACUGAAGAUGUCAAAGGAAUCUGGAUGAUGAGAAGGGAUAUGGGCACGACAGUAGAUGCGAAGAAGCUGGAGAAAGCUGAAGCCAGGCUAAAAGCAAAGCAAGAAAAGAGGACUGAGAAGAGCUCUCAGAAGGCAGCAAGUCCUUUGGUUCUUGAGGAAGCCUCGGCCAGCCAAGCUUCCAAUAAGAAGGAAAGCCGCUUGGAAGCUUCGGGAAAGAACAAGUCAUACGACAUUAAAAUUGAAAAUUUUGACGUCUCCUAUGGAGACAGGGCCUUACUCACUGGUGCAGAUUUGCACCUUGCUUAUGGUAGGCGAUAUGGUUUAGUUGGUCGGAACGGCUUGGGGAAAACGACGCUGCUGAAGAUGAUGUCAGCACGGAGUCUUCGCAUUCCAUCUCACAUCAGCAUCUUGCACGUGGAGCAGGAGGUGGUGGGUGAUGACACGCAGGCUCUACAGAGUGUGCUGGAGUGUGACACCGUGCGUGAAAGCCUGGUGCAGGAGGAGAAGGAGCUGACUGCAAAAAUGAAUGCUGGCAGAGGCGAUGGCACAGAGAGCAGUAGGUUGACAGAAAUUUAUGCCAAGUUGGAGGAGAUCGAGGCAGACAAGGCUCCAGCCAGGGCUUCGGUUAUUCUGGCUGGUUUGGGAUUCAGUUCCAAAAUGCAGAAGCAAGUGACUAGGGAGUUCUCUGGAGGCUGGAGAAUGAGGCUGGCUUUGGCCAGGGCAUUGUUUGCCAAGCCUGAUCUUCUGUUACUGGAUGAGCCUACAAACAUGUUGGAUGUGCGAGCCAUCCUAUGGCUGGAAAACUACUUGCAGACCUGGCAGUCCACUAUCCUGGUGGUGUCGCACGAUCGCAAUUUCCUAAACGCUGUGGCCACUGACAUCGUUCACCUGCACUCACAGCGCUUGGAAACGUAUCGGGGCGACUAUGAAAACUUUGUAAAGACUAAAGAAGAGAGGCUGAAAAACCAGCAGCGAGAGUAUGAGGCUCAGCAUCAGUACAGAGAACACAUACAGGUGUUCAUUGACAGAUUCCGAUACAAUGCCAACAGGGCUUCGCAAGUACAGAGCAAGCUGAAACUUCUGGAGAAACUGCCUGAGCUGAAGCCUCUCGAGAAGGAGCCAGAGGUAACGAUAAGGUUCCCUGACAAUUUUGAGAAGCUGUCCCCUCCAAUAUUACAAAUGACUGAUGUAGACUUUAGUUACACUCCUGAUUGUCCCAUCUUCAAAAAUCUUUCGGUGUCUGCUGAUCAGGAGUCACGGAUUUGCAUUGUCGGGGAAAAUGGUGCUGGUAAAACAACACUGCUAAAGUUACUGCUCGGGGACUUGGCACCAGUUCAGGGUAUCAGACACGCACACAGGAAUUUAAAAAUUGGCUACUUCAGUCAGCACCAUGUGGACCAGCUGGAGAUGAACAUCAACUCAGUGGAGCUUCUGGCAACCAAGUUUCCAGGGAGAACGGAAGAGGAAUACCGACACCAGCUGGGAGGUUACGGGAUAUCGGGAGACCUAGCUGUGAGACCUGUCGCCAGUCUGUCAGGAGGACAGAAGAGCAGGGUGGCGUUUGCACAGAUGACGAUGCCCUGUCCCAAUUUCUAUAUACUGGAUGAACCAACCAACCAUCUGGACAUGGAGACAAUUGAGGCACUGGGAAAUGCAUUACAGAAGUUUAAGGGGGGAGUAAUCCUGGUAUCUCACGAUGAGCGGCUGAUCCGCAUGGUGUGUCAGGAGCUGUGGGUCUGUGGCUGCGGCACCGUGAAGCGAGUGGAAGGAGGCUUCGACGAAUAUAAAGACAUUCUCCAGGAACAGUUCCGAAGGGAGGGAUUUCUUUGAGGCCCUGCUCUUCGAUGUGACCCCCUCUGCAAUCCAGACAUCUGAGGACUUGCUGCUUUCAGUGGGCAAGAGUGACCAAGGCACACUCUAGCCACCUGCCAUUUCUUCAUUUUGUUUUACAACCUGGCCUUGCCCACGUCCCCGGUGUUUGAGUCCUGGGCCUAUAUGUGAACUCGUCUGUAAAUUAAACACCAUCCCCACCUUCUCAGUGUAAGGCUGAAACUAUCAGUGGACAACGUUCUGCAGUGAUGGGUGUUCAAUGCAAUAACCCAUUGUUAAUCUAAUAAUUGUAAUUAAUUACUAAUUGACCCCGUGCCCAUUUCCCAACAUGCAGUCACCAUCAAUGAGGUUUGUUGACACAUCUUGGCUGGUUUGGGGAAAAGCCUUUGCAGGGAGAUGGUGUGAAUAAGUGUUAAUGGCAGCUCCUAUCCUUGUGUAUUGGUGAGUGAGGAGGGGAAGAUAUUUACCUCCAAGUCCAUCCUUAUUUGCUGCUAUUUCCCCUUUGCUCAGUGCAGGCUGAUUGUUACAGUAACAUCUCUGCAACUGAGGCCACAUUGAGUCAGGUUUUGGACAAUAGACCUGGACAUUAUGGGGCCGUAGGAUCCUGUGGGUCCUGGUGUCCUGCUGCCUUAGGAUGGGUGUGGACUGCUCGAUAUGACAAGCUACAUUGCACAAACUUUGGAAAGUGAGUAACAUAAAUAAAUCAUUUGACAACCAUAAAUGUUUUCAACAACUGA